AUGUUUCUAUACUUUGGUAUUUUAUUACUAUUUUUGAUAGACGUUAGUAAUAGUAAUCUUGUAAUAGAUAAUGAUGUCUCAACAUCUCCAGAAGUUCAUUGUAAUGUUGAUUCAAUUAAUGUUAUUUUUAAAACACAAAAACCUUUUAAUGGAAGAGUUUAUGUUGAUGGAGAAAGUUAUGAUAAAAAUUGUGUUAAAAAUUUUGGACAAUAUAAUAAUGAAAAUAGUUUUGAUUCUGUUGAUGGUUUUGAUUUUAAAAUUCCUUUUGGUGCUUGUAAUAUGAGAAGGCAAAGAACUUUAUCACCUAGAGGUGUUUCAUUUAGUUUUAGUGUUAUUGUAUCAUUUCAUCCAUUUUUUGUAACAUCAAAUGAUAAAGCUUUCAAAGUUAAAUGUUUUUUUAUGGAAGCUGUCAAAGCUGUCGAUGUUGGAAUGGAAGUUAAUAAAUUAACAACACAAGUUAUUGAAAAUACAUUUCAUCUUCCACAAUGUUCAUAUUCAUUAAGACAUUCAAUUGAUGGUGGUCCAUUAGAUUUUGCUAAUGUAGGCCAACCAGUUACACAUGUUUGGCAAUGUGAUCGAAUAGCUGGAUUUGUCUAUGAAAUGUUAAUUCAUUCAUGUUAUGUUGAUGAUGGUAAUGGAAAUAAAUUUGAACUUGUUGAUAACAAAGGAUGUGCUGUUGAUCAUUACUUAUUAUCUGAUCUUCAAUAUGAUCCAAUCUCAUUUACAGCAUACUCAAAUACACAUGUUUUUAAAUAUGCUGAUCGUGUACAAUUAUUUUUUACCUGUACUGUACAACUUUGUUUCAAAGAUGAUGGUGGAUGUAAUGGUGUUACACCACCUGUUUGUUCAAAUAAACAAUUAUUACCAGGAAUUGUUGAUGAAUCAUAUAAUAAUAACAAUAAAUUAAAUAAUAUUAAACCACCUAUAGCACAUAUUAAUUUACCUAAUACUGAAGUUGUCAAACCAUUCUUUGAAAAUAUUUUACCACCAUCAAAAAUAUCAGAAAAUGGUAAUGUUGAAAAAGAAUUACAUGAUUUAUCAACACCAUCACAUCCAUCUCAAAUACCAUCAUUUGAAGAAUUUAAGGCACGUGUUCUUAAACCACCAUCACCAUUAAAUGGACCAAUAUCAUUAUAUAAAGAUAGUCCUAUAAUUGUUGCUGAAAAUACUACAACACUUGACUCUAAAACAAUAGAUCUGAAAAUAUUUAAUGAAACUAAUAAACCAAAAAGAUCACCAUUAUCUAAAAAUAAUGAUGAUCAAUUUUUAAAAUCAAAAAAUAGUAUGGAGGCUGAUUUGUCUGUUUCAUUAACAGUCCUCCCUAUAACUAAUCCAACAUCUACUUUUGAUAAUCUUAUCAAAUUAUCAGAAAAAGAAUCUACCAUUAAAAAUGAUAGAUAUUGCCUAUCAUCUAUCACUAUAAUUUUAUACAUUCUUUUGGAAUUUUUUACACUUACUAUUUCUGUAACAAUAAUUAUUGUAUUUCUUUUAAAGAAAUCUAAAACAAAAAGUAAAUCAUCAACUAUUGAAGCAUUUAAUUAA